AAUGUUGCAGAGGACCCAGUCCGCUUGAGGUUUGGCGUCGGGCAUCGGGUCAGGUCUUCCCGAACCUUGGUCGUCCCCAGGCCUUCCCACGCAGCUGAUUUCCGGUUGGCCUGCGGUAGGACUCAAGCCUGCCAAGCCCCGCUUCUCCUAAGAUGGCGGAUGAAGGCGACGGCGCGGGAAGGAUGGCUGGAACGGGCGGCGCUGCCCCCGUGAACCCCUCGGAUCUGGCUGGGUGGUGGGAUGAGAAGCUUGAUUUUCAUGCUGCCUUUCUUCAACAUUUGGCAAAAGUGGUUCCAAGCAUAUAUUGUGAUGAAAUGGACCCUCUAUCACAGAAAGAGGAGGAAAUGGCCCAAAAAAUGAUUCUUUAUCCUUUGGAGUGGCAUUUAUUUGGAGAAGAUCCAGAUACCUGUCUAGAAAAGCUAAGACAGAUUGGUACCUCGCAGCUGUGUGGAAAAGUAUUUAAAGGUGGAGAGACAACAUAUUCCUGCAGGGAUUGUGCAAUUGAUCCAACUUGUGUUCUUUGCAUGGAUUGCUUCCAGAACAGUAUUCAUGUAAAUCAUCGUUACAAGAUGCAUACUUCCACUGGAGGCGGAUUUUGCGACUGUGGGGAUACAGAAGCAUGGAAGACUGGACCAGUGUGUACAAAACAUGAGCCUGAAGGAAGAGAUAAUACUGAAGAGAAUUUGGAAUGCCAGUUGAAUGAAGAGGUAAUCGCACAUGCAAGGAAAAUCUUCCCUUCAGUUAUAAAAUACAUUGUUGAUAUGACUGUUUGGGAAGAGGAGAAGGAGCUGUCUUCAGAGCUUAUGAUUAAUAGAGAGAAGCCAGACAAACACUAUUGUGUCCUUUUUAAUGAUGAGCAUCAUUCUUACGAUCAUGUUAUCUACAGUCUACAAAGAACUCUUGGGUGUGACCUUGGAGAAGCCCAGAUAUAUACUACUGCUAUAGAUAAAGAGGGGCGGAAGGCUGUUAAGAAGGGGUCAUAUGUUGUUUGUCAUGAAGCAAAAGAAGAAAUUAAGAAACAUUCAAAUAAUGUUUCCCAAGGUCCCCUUAAUGUGAUGGUUCUUCAUGCAGAUGUAAUGGCUCAUCAGAAAUUUGCUUUGCGUCUUGGUUCUUGGUUAAACAAACUUAUGAGCUAUUCAAGUGAUUUUCGUCAGAUAUUUUGUAAAAUAUGUUUAAAAGAAGAAGUUGAUUCAAGGAAGCCUUGUAUGAUAAGCACACUGAUGCUAUGGGAUGCAAAACUUUAUAAAGGAGCAAGAAAGAUCUUACAUGAACUAAUCUUCAGUACUUUUUUUUUGGAAAUGGAGUAUAAAAAACAUUUUGCUAUGGAAUUUGUUAAGCAUUACAAAGCUUUGCAGAGAGAAUAUAUCAGUGAUGACCAUGAAAGGCAGUUUUCUGUGACAGCACUUUCAGUUCAGAUAUUCACUGUACCAACAUUGGUAUAUUUUAAUCAGUAAGCCUACUGUGUGGACAGAUAAAUUGCGACAACAAUUUUUGGAAGGGUUCAAAUCUUUCCUGAAGAUUCUUACUUGUAUGCAGGGAAUGGAGGAAAUAAAGAGACAGGUUGGACAGCAUAUUGAGGUGGAUCCUGACUGGGAAGCAGCCAUUACAAUCCAGAUGCAGUUGAAGAACAUUCUCUUGAUGUUUCAGGAGUGGUGUGCCUGUGAUGAAGAGCUCUUGGUUACAGCUUAUAAGGAGUGCCAUGCAGCAGUAAUGAGAUGUACCAACUCUGCCUGUAAUUAUUCACGGGACAAAGCAGUGAUCAAUUUAUGUGGCCAGACUUUGGAAUGUAGACGGUUCAAGGUAUCAAUGGAUCCUGUGAGCAUCCAUCUCCCAUUGUCUAGGAUGCUAGCUGGUCUGCAUAUACAGUUGAGCAAAACUGGAAUAAUUUCAAGACUCCAAGAGUUUAUGUCAUCGAAAGAAUUCCAAGUGCAGCAGUUGGUAGAAUAUCCUUUGCGCUGCUUAACAUUGGUUGCUCAGGUUGCUGCAGAAAUGUGGAAAAGGAAUGGACUGUCUCUAAUCAGCCAGAUGUUUUAUUAUCAGGAUGUUAAAUGUAGAGAAGAAAUGUAUGAUAAGGACAUAAUUCUCCUGCAGAUUGGGGCAGCAUUUAUGGAUCCAAAUAGUUUUCUUUUGCUUGUCCUCAAACGAUAUGAACUGCUUAAUGCCUUCAAGAAGACAAUGCCAACUAAACACCAGGAUUUCAAUAAAAAAUGUAACACAUUGAUAGAAGAAAUGCUUCAAGUACUCAUCUAUGUUGUAGGAGAAAGAUAUGUUCCAGGAGUAAGUAAUGUGACAAAAGAUUAUGUGACAAUGCGAGAAAUUAUCCAUCUGCUGUGUAUUGAGCCAAUGGCACAUAGUGCUAUUGCAAAAUCUUUGCCUAAAGAUGAAAACAAUGAGACUGGUUUGGAGAAGGUGAUUCACAAAGUGGCCUUGUUCAAGAAACCUGGUUUAUCAAGCCAUGGAGUUUAUGAAUUGAAGGAAGAAUGCCUCAAGGAGUACAAUGUAUUUUUUUACCAUUAUACAAAGACUCAGCACAAUAAGGCUGAACAUAUGGAAAAGAAAAGAAGAGUACAAGAAAAUAAAGAUGAAGCACUCCCACCACCUACACCUCCAGAAUUCAGUCCUGCUUUCAGAAAUGUGGUGAAUGUUCUCAACUGUGAUAUCAUGAUGCUUAUUCUUAGAACUGUCCUGCAAAGAGCACUAGAGCUGGAAACUCACAUGUGGACAGAAGCUAUGAUACAGAUGGUCCUUCACAUCCUUGCUUUGGGUUUACUUGAAGAGAAGCGUCAGUUAGAGGAGAUUCCAGAGGAAGAAGUGACCUUUGACUUCUAUCAUAAAGCUUCCAGAAUGGGAAGCUCUGCUUUGAAUGCAAUGAACAUCCUCAUGAUUUUGGAAAAGCUGAAAGGAAUUCAACAACUGGAAUCACAAAAAGACAUGAUCAUAUGGGUACUACGGAUGUUUGAGACAAUAAAAUCCUUGAGAGAGAAGUCUUCUGUUCCCAUGGCCGUCACUGCAUCUAUGACAGAAUCUACAAAAGUUAAUGAGAUGCAGAAAAUUCAGGAGAAAGAGAAAGCUGAGAGGAAGAGAAAAGCGGAAGUAGCCCGAUUACAUCGCCAAAAGAUCAUGGCUCAGAUGUCCGCUUUACAGAAAAAUUUCAUAGAAACUCACAAGCUCUUGUAUGACAACACACAAGAAACACCCGGAAGAGAUGCUAUGGAAGUGGAGAGGUUCAUACUCCCGCAUUAUCAAGUUAGAAUUGCCUUGGGGCCCAAGCGAGGCCAGUCUGUCACUGAAAAAGAAAGGCUGACAUGUAUCCUGUGUCAGGAGGAACAGGAAGCAAUGCUAGAAAAUGCUGCCAUGGUUUUAUCUGCCUGUAUCCAGAAAUCCACGGCCUUAACCCAAAGUAGAGGGAAAGAACUUGAACUUGCAGGAGAAGACACUGAUCCUCUUUUCAUGGAUCCGGACUUGUCAUGUGGAACACAUACCAGCACUUGUGGUCAUGUGAUGCAUGCUGCUUGCUGGCAGAAAUACUUUGAAGCCAUUCAACUGAAUUCUCGACAACGUCAUCAUGUUGAACAGGUUUUUGAUUUAGGGAAUGGCGAGUACCUUUGCCCACUGUGCAAAUCCCUGUGCAAUACUGUUAUACCAAUUAUUCCUUUGCAAGAAGAGAAGAUAAACAGUGAGGAUGCAGAAAUGGUAGCUCAGCUUCUGUCUUUGUCCAAGUGGCUAGAGAUUGUUAUGGCUCAGAUAGCUGGUUACAACAAGAAAAACAAUAAAGAAACCAAAAUUGCCCCAUCUUUACUUAAUAAAGAAAUGGAAGAUGCUUCAUCUGAAUUCCAUUCUAUACUUAGCUUUGGAGUUCAGCCAUUAAUGGAAUAUUCAAACAGCAUUAAAGAGAUGGUGGUUCUCUUUGCCACAGCAAUUUAUAGAAUUGGAUUACAAGUUGCCCCUAAUGAAGUUGAUCCACGUAUUCCUAUGAUGACUUGGAGCACUUGUGCUUUUACAAUCCAGUGUUUAGUUGUUACAGCUUGCAAGUUCCAGGUUGGUAUUUGUGGGAUUGCAUAAAGAAAGGCAUCACCCCCUAUCUCCGGUGCGCUGCUUUAUUCUUCCAUUAUCUGCUGGCAGUACCUCCACCUGAAGAACUUUCAUCCGUUUCAGAGGAAGAUCAGUUCAAGGCACUUUGUGAUUAUCUGUCUCUACCUACAAAUCUCUUCAUGCUUUUCCAAGAGUAUUGGACUAUUGUGGAGCCCUUACUUCAAAGGUGGUGCACUGAUCCUGCUGUGCUUUGCUUCUUGGAGGGAAAAAGUAUUGCAAUAAGAUAUCCAAGGGAAAGAAAUAAAUUGAUAGCGCUUCCAGAAGACUACAGCUGCCUUUUGAACCAAGGAUCUCAAUUUAGGUGCCCUCGAUCUUCUGAUGAUGAAACCAAGCAUCCUGUCCUAUGUUUGUUUUGUGGGGCUAUGUUGUGUUCUCAAAACAGCUGCUGCCAGGUGCUAGUAAAUGGAGAAGAGUUGGGGGCUUGCAAUUCACAUGCAAUUUCUUGUGGUGCUGGAGUUUGUAUUUUUCUCAAAAUCAGAGACUGCAGGGUUCUGCUGAUUGGUGGCAAAAAUAGAGGUUCAUUCUGUCCUGCGCCUUAUCUGGAUGAAUAUGGAGAAACCGAUCCAAAUCUGAUAAGAGGCAAUCCUCUGCGCCUGUCUCAUGAACGAUACCGGAAGCUUCACUUGUUGUGGCGACAACAUUGCAUCAUAGAAGAGAUUGCUCGAAGCCAGGAAACUAAUCAUGUCUUUUUGGGAUUUAAUUGGCACCUGCUCUGAGUGUCAAGCUCUUUGAGACUAAAUUGUCAACACCUCACUUCUAAAACAUCACACAAAGAAUAUGAAGAAUUUUAGUUUAAGGAAAAACGACUAACCCACAUCUGCUUACGGAAACCUGUGGGCUUGAAUUUGGUCAGAAAAAACAAUGCAUGCAUAUAACUUCCCAAAUAUGAAUGCUGAAUGAUCGAAAGCAGAACUGCCUGGAUCAUCAGUAAGCUGACCUUUUCCACUUGUUUUCCAAAUUAAAAACAGUCAACAGUAUUUUCAUUCUUUUGCAGCAGCAGUUCUAAACACAUACAUAGUUUCAGUGCAUCUGGAUAGAAGAACAAAGGGAUUUAAUCUCCUCUUAUCACAUUAGUUGCUUUUGUUUCCUCUUUUAGUAUAGCAGGUCUCAAAAUAAAUCUAAUCUGUAACUGACUUUGCCCGUGACUUAUCUUUGGGUGCAGCAUUAUAACAACCUGAAGGUGAAGCACUACACAAAGUAUAACAGCAAGGUAUGCUGUAAAGGAAGUUAAUAUUUAUUGGGAAUCCUUUCAGAAUGAGAAUGCAGGUUAAUUUGUUAAUUCUGAGAGGUUCCAGUUAGCUUUAACGUAUAUCAAAAAUUAAAUGCUUUGCUUUUGGCCUAUCCCAAAAUGGGAAGGAACUGCACUGCAGAAAAACAGGAAUGGAAAAAAAAAUCCAUUUCUUAUUGCAAGUAGUCUUUAUUUGCAUUGGCCAACAAAUUUCAGACUAAAUUAGUUUUUAAGAGGGAUUAAAAAUCUAUAUUAUACAUUAUAAUUGAACACAAAUAACGAAUACAUUAUUCAGAAGGUACGAUCAUAGUCUCAUAUCUACCACAUAUAGUCUAAUAACAUUUUAUACUGUAUACAACAAACAUAACAAUAUUUCAAAUAAUUAUAUUUGUAAAAUAGUAAGGUUAUUCAUAAAAUAAUUCAUAAAACAAAAUCCAUGCUAAAAGGAAUCCUUAAUAUAUGUACCAAAUGUUAUAUUGUAAUGUAAAUUUAAACAUUACCUACUUUCUUCUUUUAAAAAAAUACAAUAAAAAAUAAAUAAAGACCUUUUUUUCUGUU